UCUCUCUCUUUCUGGCGUGGCUUCUUCGUCUCUGUGGUGGCGCGCACGUCUCUUGUCCUUCUUUCUCCUUCUUCCUCCUCCUUCUCCUUCUUCGUUCUCUUUCUUUCCUUCUCUCCCCUACUUGUCUUCGCUUAGCCGUGCUCCGCAGAUCCACCCGCGACCUUGCACCGAGCACCGCUGUCAGCCGCCAUGGCGUACCUGCGCGUCUGCCUGGCCCUCGUUGUGGCCCUGGCUGUCGCAAACGCAACCACCGUCCUGCACUCCGCAGACGUGGAAGCGCCGUCCAUCAUCAACACGCGUUCCCUUGAGCGGAAUGCCCGUGCCCUGGAUGCCCUUGAGCCCGGCGAGGCCCGCCCAGAGUUUGCCAUCUCGCCCGAGGUCGUUGUUGGCCCCGUGCGCCAACUCAUCUACCCGGGCACACCCGAGUUUGACCAGUUUCUCCCUCCCAACGACAAUGAGGACAUCUUCUUCGUCCAGGAAAUUGCCCGGCACAUGAGCCCGCGCAUGGCGCAGGUGCUGGACAUCCUCGCCCAGACUGUGAAGCAGCUCAAGCUUUCCGACGGUACCCCCCUGCGCCUCGCUGUUCGCAACGGUUACGAGGACCCCACGGGCUCCGAGACCUCGCCCGAGCUGUUCCACGAGGGCCGCAUGGUGGACCUCGCCCUGUACAACACGGGCAACGGCGACAUCAUCAACAACGCCGCCGACAUGGGCACGCUCGCGGCGCUGGCGUGGAGGGACCGCCUGGACUGGGUGCGCCACUUCCAAAUCACCCCACAGAAUGCCGCGCAGUUCAGCUUUGUGCGCGUUGCCGUCGUCCCUGAGUCGUGCGGUGCCACCCUCGACUUUGCCUUCCUGCUCGACGGCUCCGGCUCCCUCCUCCAGUCUGGCUGGGACUCGCAGAUCCAGUUUGUCAAGGACGUCACUGCCUACUUUGACGUCGGCCGCAACCGCACGCACGUCGGCAUUGUCACCUUCCACGGCCCGCGCGUGUCCCACCUCAGCUACAACGAGUCCAUCCCGGACUGCCCGCUCGGCACCGUGUGGGAGCCCGAUGGCGAGGGCUGCAUCUGCGAGGUUGAGGGCUCCCAGUGCACCGGCUCCGCCUGCGGCACGGGCUACUACGAGCUCGAGGCCGGUGGCUGCCAAGGCGCCACAGACCAGAACAUCGACACCCUGCCAGACUGCGAGAUUCGCCAGUUCUUCCCACACGGCUGCGCUGACUGCACGUGCAACCCGCUCGGCCAGAAGUACCAGCCCAGCGACUCGUACACGGUUGACCAGCUAUUCUCCAUGACCCAGGACCACGACGACCUCGCCGCCACGCUCGACUCGCUCGUCUUCCCCGACGGCGCCACCCACAUGUCGGCCGGGCUCGAGCAGAUUCGCGACACCAUCUUCCAGCUGCGCAACGGCAUGCGCGAGUACGAACAGGCCAUCCCGCGCGUCCUCAUCGUCCUCACAGACGGCAAGUCCAACCCGGGCUUUGAGCCGCACGAGGUGGCGGAGCAGCUGCGCAACCGCGGCAUCAUCAUCUACGCCAUUGGCGUCGGCGACUACUACCUGCCGGAGCUCGAGGCCAUGGCCUCGGAGCCCAUGGACCGCCACGUCUACGAGCUGGCCGACCCUUCCUCCCUCUUCACCAUUGUGGACCGCCUCAGCUUCGACACGUGCGACAUCCCGGGCCUGCUCCGUGCUGGCGCGCGCAUCGCCCUCAGCCUCAGCGCAAACGAGUUCCGCUAUUUCACCAUCGAGUGCAACGACAACCCGGACGCGCUCACAGACAAGGUCAUUGUCGAGCUCAUUGACAGCCCUGACGGCAGCAGGACCCACCUCUUUGUGUCCUCGCGCACCCCAAACCCAACCUCCCUCAACCACGCCCAGUCGCUCGGCCCACUGCCGCCUGCAAAGGUGCUCGUGCACGACCGCACCUUCUCCGACGGCAGCAGCGGCCUCGUCCACGUCGCCGUGCAGGCCGCGGCCGGCAAGGACGUCAGCAACGCCCAGCUUGUCGUGUACCAGCUGCUCUUCACAGACUUCCGCCCCAUUGUCAGCGUACCGGAGGACACGUCCCCGGGCACGGAGGUUGUGCCGCCCGCACAGCUGAUCGACAGCAUCGAUGCCGGCAUCACCUUCCGCUACUCGCUUGAAGACCCGUAUGGCACGUUUGCCAUCAACCCGGCGGACGGUUCCAUCACCCUGGCCGGCCCCCUCAACCGCGAGGCCCUUGAUACGUACGUUGUGCGCCGCUGGGUCGUCGACUCCCCACCCGUCGCCGACCAGUGCCUCCGCAGCUUCCAGUUUGUCACCAUCUCCGUCUCCGACGUCAACGACAACGUGCCAGUGUUCAGCCAGUCGCUGUACGAGGUCAACCUGCCCGAAACCCUCCGCGAGCGCCCCGCCCGCCGCCGCCGCGCCGUGGGCACUGUUCUGGUGACCAUCUCCGCCACGGACGACGACACGGGCGACAACGCCGAGGUGCGUUACUCCAUCACCGGCGGCAACGAGCUCGGCCUGUUUGCCCUCGACGAGGUCACUGGCGACUUCACCCUGGAGAAGCCCGUCGACUUUGAGGAGCUCACCAACCCCGUGCUCGACAUUACUGUCGUGGCCACGGACCUUGGCGGCGCCGUGUCUGACCCGGCCACCAUCCGCGUCACCGUGCAGGACCGCGACGACCUCCCCGUCUUUGAGUCGGACCAGCUGCCGGAGCUGACCAUCUUCGCCGGCGACAUUGGCCCCGUCGGCUUUGCCCCCGUCGUCGAUGAUAGCCGCAAGAACACGUUUGAGUGCCGCCUCACCACCCCUGGCACCCCAUUCACCGUCGCCGCCGCCACGAGCGGCGCCACCGGCUGCAACAUUGUUGCGCAGUCCUCCACCACGGAGCUCGGCGGGCAGAUGUUCACCCUCAUGCUGGAGAUUGCCGACCAAGUCGGCGUGCUGUCGCGCACCCGCGUCGUCGUCAACGUGCUGCCCACCAACCGCGACCCGCCCGAGUUUGCCAUGGACAUCUUUGAUGUCCUCCUCUCCGUGGCCACGCAGAUUGACACCACCGUGGUUGACCUUGGCGUGACAGACCCCGAUGGCGACGCCGUGUCCUGCAAGCUCCUCUCCUCCCCCAAGGGCCUCUUCCGCAUCGACGACUGCCAGCUCGUGCUGGACUCGCGCCUGCCCACGGAUGGCCCCACCUUCUUUGACUUGCUUGUGGAGGCGUCGGAUGCGCCCACGCGCGGCAACCGCAACCUCACGUCCACGGCCCACGUCCAGAUUACGCUCACGGGCGUGUGCCCGAGCGACGACGCGUCCUGCACGUGCGCGGACGAGGGCGCCACGCCGCCCAACUGCACCCCAGACCUGUGCGAGGCCUUCCCUUGCGUCAACGAUGGCGUGUGCUCGCAGGGCGUGAGCAACCAAGGCCUGCCCGAGCGCAAGUGCAUGUGCGCCGACUUCUUUGGUGGUGACGACUGCGAGGUGACGCCGUGCGACGACACGCCCUGCAUGAACGGCGGCACGUGUAACCCCACCCCCAAUGUCGGUCCUGGCUUCUCCUGUGACUGCCCCGUGACCCACGAUGGUGACAUGUGCGAGAACGAGACGGGCAUCACCACGACGACCACAACCACAACCACAACCACCACCACCACCACGCUCAACCCGUGCGAUGGUUCGCCCUGCUCUGAGGGCCAGUUUUGCCGCCGCGUCGACGACACCAACUUUGAGUGCGUGGACGGGAGCACCACCACAACCACCACCACGACCACCACCACCUUGUCCACGACCACGGCAGCCACGACCACCACCACGACAACGACGACGACGACGACCACAACCACGACGACAUCGCCGCUGGCCACUGUGACGUUCACGGUUCCCGACGAUGACGAGAUCAACGACUGCUCCCAGUGCCAGAACGGCGGAACGUGUGUGAGGACACCCACUGGCCAGGUGACGUGCGACUGCCCACGCGUGCAGCAGGGCCGCUUCGAGCUGUGCUACGAGAACGCCGACUGCACCUCGCAGCUCCCCUGUGACCAGGUGCCGUUCCCUCGUGGCGAUGCCACGGGCUCCAGCACGUCCACGCCUGCCACCCGCCCUGAGGUGCCGUACACGGUUCCGGACAGCGACGUCAUCGACGACUGCUCGCAGUGCGAGAACGGCGGGACGUGCGUUGUGACGUCGUCCGGCCAGCUGACGUGCGAGUGCCCGCGCGUGCGCCAGGGCGGUGUUGAGCGCUGCUACGAGGAUGCCCGCUGCACCAACCUGAGCCCCUGCGACGAGGUUCCUUUCCCCCGCGGCGACGCCUCUGUCUCCACCACCGCUGCUGCCACCGUCACCUUUACCGUGCCAGACCAGUUUACUGUCUCGGACUGCACUCUGUGCCAGAACGGCGGCGUGUGCGCGUUCACUGCCAGCGGCCAGCAGUUCUGCCAGUGCCCCCGCGUGCCGAUUGGGUCAACCGACUUUUGCUACGAGAACUUUGACUGCACGUCGCUGCAGCCGUGCGACCAGGUGGAUGGCCCCAACGGCGACCGCUCCGCGUCGACCAACUCGGCCAACAACUCGGCCUCCACAGGCAUCAUUGUUGGCGCCGUCAUUGGCGGCCUCCUCUUCAUCAUCCUCGUGCUCUUCCUCCUCAGCUUCUGCUGCAACAUUGCCCUGUGCGCUUGCCUCGGUGGUGCGGCCUGUUGUGCUGGUGGUGGCACGCCAACGGCACCCAUGUACGAGACUGCGGACAACAAGGCCGCCUCCUUUGACAACCCCACGUUUGUGUCGCACUACGCGGCCACGGGCACCGGCGGCGCGGGCGUCAACGGGCCCAACGCGCUGUCCAACCCCUUCUACGCCAUGGGCGCCACAGGCAACAAGGGCACCGGUCAGUACGAUAGCGUCAACGGCCAGUACGACAGCAUCCAGGAGCCGACCUACGACAGCGUCAACGACGGCCAUGCGUCUCUGCGCAGCAACAACCGCAUGCAGGUUGAGCAGGGCCGCAUCCGCCUGGCCUCUGUUGCCCGCCACAACCCGCUGACAGCAGAGUCGUCCACGGACGCCGCCGCUUCCCUCGACAACCCUAUGUACCAGGUUGGCCAGCAGAACGGCUCCAGCCCCAUGUACGCACCCGUUGACGGGCAGCCCUCGUCCAUGAGCAACCCCACCUACGAGCGCGCACAAGGCCAGGCACCUUCCAACGUCACAUAUGCAGCACCAACAGCCUCGGCGGAAUCUGACAUGUACUUUGACGUCGACGCCAGGAACGAGGCUGAGGAAGCUUACACCCAGCACCGCAUUGCUGCCACGGGUGAUGCGUCGUACAUUGAUGUGCUGCCGCGCUCUGGUGCUGCGCAGAAUGCCGCCAUGCCCAGCAGCAUGAGCAACCCCUCGUAUGCCCAGGCUGGCAACAGCAUGCCGCAGUACGACAACCCGACACAGGGCGAGCCUGCGUACGAUACGGUCCCCAUUGACCACGAUGCUACUGCUUAAAUGGACCCCCCUUCCCUCCCCCUCCCCCUUUUGCCAUUCUCGAACCCAUCGCCUUUUGUCUCUCUUGUUAUCGUGCGUUAUGUUGAGUGUGCGUGUGUGGUUUGUCUCGCGUGCUCUUUCUGUGUCGUUGUGUUGCCGUAGCGGUGUGCAUGUGUUGUCUUUUUUUUUGUUUGUUUGUUUUGGUCGUAGUGCCAGGAAGAGAGCAAGCUGUGUGGCUUGGAUGGUUGCGUCGUUUUUUUGCGACACUUCCAUUCCCUUGCCGUAUGUUUGUGCUUGUCACUUGCUCUAUCCUACAAGAGGCAUUCAGCCUAUGCUUCUUUUUCUCCCCUCUUUUUCUGCUUUUGCUCCUUGGAAUCGAUUCUCUUCUCUGCACUUUUCUUCACCCCCCCCCUCUCUCUUUCGUCUUUCAGCCUGCAGACGGAGUUGUUGUUCUUCUCCCUUAUCUUCAGUUCUCUCCUAUUGCUGUUUGGUUUGCGAUGCUACUCGAUGCAUGCCGCGUUUGGUGUGCUGGUUGGCUGGUGGGUUUUUCAUUUCCCUUCCGCCUGUUGUUGUUGCUGUGGCGUGUUUUGUUGCAUUGUCGCGUGGAAUGCGUUGUUCUCCGCUGGUUGUUCCUCAACAUGCUUGCCUGCCUGCUUGUGCUCGCGUGCAUGUGUGUCUUUGGGUGCGGCGUUGCCUCGCGCUCCCUGCGCACGUGCGACCCGCCAGUGCAAACUGGGUUGGUUGGUUGGUUCUCCGCCACUCAGCCACACGCAUUCAUAUUCGCGAUCACAGUAUACUUUCCCCUCGUUCUUCAA